AUGCUCCACACGUUCGUCUUUUCAUUAGGUGCCUCGGGCAGUUUCUCAGCCAGCUGUUGCACCUUUCGUAAGAAGCCAGAUCCGCGCUACCCGAUGGAGACCCGCUGGUUCCCGCAAGUGAACGAUUCCUCCUGCAGUGAAUGUCGACAUUUACAUCUCUUGCAGAGGAUACCAGCUGACUCGUCCUAUCCCGAGGAUUUCUACAAACCACCUUCGAAAACAGAUACAAAAGCUUGUGCCGAUCCAUUAGGAAUGGAGAAUGGAGACAUUCCUACGGACAAUCUGUUUGUCUCUGAUGCAGGUCCUCCCGGCUACGACAAACGGAAGGCUCGGCUGAAUUAUCCGGCUGCCUGGUGUGCAAGGCCCGUAGAUACAAACCAAUGGAUCCGUGUCGACUUAGGCAAAUCAACUACAGUGACAGGACUCAUCACACAAGGAAGGUCCUACAGUGAUGUCUGGACCAAGACAUACAAAGUCAAGUACAGCUCAGAUAACGCGGCCUGGGCCUAUGUCACUGACAAAACCGGCAACCCAAAAGUGUUUCCAGGAAACACGGAUGAUGACUCUCAAGUAACUGUCUAUUUCCCGGCGCCUCUGCACACUCGCUUCAUCCAAAUUGAACCUCAGUCUUGGACAAGGUAUAUCUGCAUUCGCUUUGAGCUGCUUGGUUGUAAAGGUAAGAUUGUCAACUCCUUUUAA